AUGGUAUUUUAUAAUUUCCGUCACUGCCAGUCCUUGAAUUUGUGGGUGUUUAAACCAAUUGCCUUACAAAUUCAAAGCAAUAGAAAAAUGACAACUUCACAAUACAUAAAAGAAAACCUGGAAUUUGUAAAAGCCAAAAUGAUGGCAGCCUCUUUGAAAAGAGUCCAAGAGGCGGCCGCUUUUAAAGCACCUACAUUAGUAGCUGUUUCAAAAACUAAACCAGUUGAUGAUGUCAUUGAGGCUUAUCAUGGUGGACAAAGACAUUUUGGAGAGAACUAUAUUCCAGAGCUGGGAGGAAAAUCAACUGAUCCAAAAAUUUUGGAAGAGUGCCCAGACAUUCGUUGGCAUAUGAUUGGCCAUCUGCAAAGUAACAAAAUGAAGAAACUGGCUUCUGUGCAAAAUUUGUACAUGGUAGAAACAAUUGAUUCAGUUAAAAUAGCUGAUGCUUUAAACAAAUCCUGGGUAAAACUUAAUAAAAUGGAGAAACUGAAAGUUAUGGUGCAGGUUAAGACCAGUGAUGAAGAAAGCAAAAAUGGAGUUGAGCCUUCUGAAGCUAUUAAGUUGGCCAAAUUCAUAAUAGAAAAAUGUUCAGAAUUAGAGUUUUGCGGAUUGAUGACAAUUGGCGCCUCUAAUCAUGACGUUUCUUUGGGACCUAACCCAGAUUUUCUUAAAAUGAUUGAAUGUCACAAGGAAAUCAUUUGCAUCCCUGAUUUACCAAAAGAGUCUUUAGAAUUAUCAAUGGGAAUGUCUUCCGACUACGAACAUGCGAUUGAGCUUGGAAGCACAAACGUAAGGGUCGGAAGCCUUAUUUUUGGGUCGAGAGCCCCAAAACAUGAAAAAAGUAGCAACGAAUAAUGAAGUGCACAUGUUAAACGAUGACGUUAAAAUGCAAAAUCCAGCAAUAAAGAAAAUCCACUCAA